UUGUGUGACAAUUGAGAUUUACAAAUAAUCAGAAAAUGAUCUUAUUCCUUUAAUUUUCCGGAUGCUCGUUAGACUCAAUUUUUCACCUUGUUAUAGCUAUUAUUUGGUUUGAACACCAGUUGUGUUUUAUUGUUUUCAUGUGUGGGAAUCUAGUGAUUUUUAUAUAUCGAAUCAAUAAAAAAAGGGUUCAAAAUCAUGUGCAAAAAUCCAAAAGGACUACCAUUUCAGAAGGUCCAAAGUCAUCCAAAUUUUAAAGAUAAAUGAGCGAAAUAAGUUUUUUUAGAGAUAAAGGGCAAAAUGAACCUUAAAAGUAAGAUAAAAGACUAAAAGUAUAUUAGCCUUCGAUUAUCUAUUAAUGUCAACAUUUAUUGGAUAUCUCACAUUGACUAAUGAUAUGUAAUGUUAUAUCAAAAAGUCUAUCCUGCUUGUUGUUAGACCAUCCAUUGCCAGACCACUUGCACACGUUUGUUCCACAAACUUCAUGUUUGAAAUUAUUAGUUACCAACAUGGAGGGUGUGUUAGAGAUCUUAGUGAUAUGUCUAAAUUCGGGUAUAUAAGUGGGGUUUAUUCUCACCUCAUGGGCUAGUUUUGAGGUUGAAUUAAGCUCGAAUCUAAAUUCUAGGAACUUCUAAUGUCAAUGAUGAAUAAUGAGUUGUUUUAAUUUUGACUGGAGAAUAGCACCAAAUGUGCUUAAAGAAUUGCACCUACAUUUGCUCCAUUGAGUGAUAAAAACACUCUACUCCUUGGAUUUUGAUUUUCUGUUCUUAGUGAAUUUUGUUGGUGCUGAUUCGUGUUUUUCAUGGGAAUUUAGUUUAAAUUUCAAGCAUGAUGCAUAAAUUAUAGGUUGCUUGUAGAUGAGAAAUAUUUUUGAAAACUGAAUGAAACUAUGAAAGUUCUUGAAAAUGAAAAAUAAGAGAAAUUUGGGACAGUUUCUUAAAUUUCCCAGAUUUGUUUUAUGAAUUGGAUGCACGAAUCAGGAGUUUGUUGGUAAAAUAUUUAGUUUGUUGCUUAUACAAGGGUUCUUUGUAAUCACUUUUUAUUAAUCAAUGCACAUCUUAAUCUCAGUCUAUCAUUUUUCACUUCUCAACAUUGAGCCAUGAAUUCUAAUAUGAUGUAGUAGUGAUGCCACAUGCCUUGAAGAUGUUUUUUUUUCACUGCAGUGAACACCUUUUGCUCAUUUUCAGUCAUUCUCUUCUCUAAAGGUUUGAUCUUAAUUUUUGCCUCACAUUAAAAACACAAGAAUCAUCUAGCGUUGCAAUCUCUCCCUCUUUCUCAACUUCAGUAUAUUGUCAAAAGAAAUUAUGUGUUUUGUUACCAAGGUGUUGGUGUUGGGUUUAACUUGUUAGAAGAUUUACAGAAAAGUUUUUCUGCAUCUGCUGUUUUAUUGCUUUGAAGUUUGAAAAAAAUGGAGUUGAGAAAACUCUUCAUCUUUGCUCUAGUCAAUGGUUUUUAUCUCCCUGGAAGCUAUACUCAUGCACACUCUGAUGAAGAUCUAAUACUAAGAUCACAUCGAACAUGUAAUGUUUAUUUUACAUUAUGUUCCGCUGUAGUGGCUGUUAAUUUUGGAUAAUUUCUUCAUACAUUGGGGUUUUCUCACUAUUGUGGGGUCUAUUGGAAGAAUGGUUUGGUUGCUACUGGCAGUGACACCCCUUUUGAAGAGUGAAAGAGGUUGUCUCCAUUGAUGGUUCAGCUCUAUUUCAGAGUGCUUUUAUUGGACCUUUAAUUGAUUUUGGUGAUUGCCAUUGAUCCAAACUUUUCUUUAUCGUGUUCGUGACUACUUCCCCUUGGUUUUUGGUUGUGUCUGUGGCAAUUUUAGUUGCAAGGUGUAGGGAGUACCUCUGCCUCGGUAGUUUCCUUCUUCUGGGUUGUCCAUUCUGUUGUGGUUGCACUUCGUUUUAUUGGUGGCCAUGCCAAUAUGUGCUGAUGGAGAGAUGUUACAAUUGUUUCCAUUUCUUUUGACCAGCUGGUGUGGGGGAUGAAGGGGGUGUUAGUACAAUUGAAGUUCCACCAAACGUUGGUCCUACCAUCAAGGCAAACGCUGUCUCACAGAUGGAGGCUGCAAUGGCUGCAUUAUCAGCAGAACUAAGCAAGCUACGAACAGGAAGGGCAUCCCCAGGAAUGCUUGAUCAUAUUAUUGUUGAAACUAGUGGUUUGAAGAUGCCUUUGAAUCGGCUUGCUGUUGUUUCAGUCCUAGAUCCAAAAACCUUGUCUGUUAAUCCAUAUGAUCCAGAGACACUUAAACAAUUAGAGAAUGCCAUCGUUUCGUCUCCAUUGGGCUUAAAUCCGAAAUCAGAUGGUGAAAGAUUGAUUGCUGUUAUUCCACCAUUGACCAAGGAACAUAUGCAGGCUAUGACUAAGUUGGUUGCUAAAUCAUGUGAAGAUGCUCGUCAAAGUAUUAGAAGAGCUCGACAAAAGGCAAUGGAUGCGAUAAAGAAGUUGUAUUCAAGUCUCCCCAAAGAUGACAUAAAAAGACUGGAGAAAGAAGUUGAUGAUUUGACCAAAAAGUUUAUCAAGACUGCGGAAGAUGUAUGCAAGGCAAAAGAGAAGGAAGUUAGUCAAGGCUGAUUGGUGCCAUUUUUUGGGGGAGAAUUCACUGCUUCAUUUCUCCUUAUAAUUUGAGAGGGCAUGAAAUUUGUCUGGUCUAUUAGAAUUAAGGACUAUUCUUCUGAUGUUCUGGCAUUUUUUUGAAUACAUAAGAGAUGAGUCCCCCAGUUUCAACCUAUUUGGUAUGGAGUUGCCACCUUGGUGCAGGUCCCUUUGUAUUGUCGUUGAUCAAAAUCUUGUGCUUAUGGUAACUCCCUUUCUUAGUCCAAAUUUGUUUAUUUUCUGUUCUAACCAUGGAGGCUGUGUAUAGAUUUAAGUGGGGGGAGGAUAUAAGCUAAUUGAAUCUGACACUCAAUUACGAGUUAAUGAUAGCAUUUGCUGGCAUCAAGUCCAGUGUUUCACUUUCA